CAAUGCUCGUCGGAGCUCAAUGACGUCUCCCGGCCUCCGGCCAAUCCUCCUCCUUCUCCUUUUCAUGUUCUUCCUCUAUGUUUCGCCACUGGACGCGGAUGCAGAGGAGGAAGCACAGGCUGAUGCUUUGCUGGAACUCAAAGCCGCCGUCUCCGACCCUUCCUCAGUCCUUUCCGCCUGGAACUCCUCUGCCGGUGACAGUCACUGCUCCUGGCCGGGUGUCUCCUGCGACUCCCUCCAGGACUACGUCGUCUCACUUGACCUCUUCGGGCUCAACCUCUCCGGUGUGCUUUCCCCUGCGGUCGGCCGCCUCCGCCACCUCGUUAACCUCUCCGUCGCCUCCAACUCACUUUCUGGUCCCGUCCCGGCUGAGCUUUCUCGCCUUUCCAACCUUCGCUACCUUAACCUGUCCAACAAUAUCUUUAAUGGGAGCUUCCCUUCCACCCUUGGUCGCCUUAGAAAUCUUCUCGUCCUCGACCUCUACAAUAACAAUCUUACUGGCCCCCUUCCGGCUGAGGUAGCCGAGCUACCGAACCUCCGCCAUCUCCACCUAGGUGGCAACUUCUUCACCGGCGUCAUCCCCCCAGAGUUCGGCCGCUGGGAGUUCCUGGAGUACCUUGCCGUCUCCGGCAACGAGCUCGUCGGUCCUCUGCCUCCGCAGCUAGGUAAUCUCACCCGUCUUCGCUAUCUCUACGUCGGCUACUUUAACAGCUUCGAGGGUGGCAUCCCACCUGAAAUCGGCAACCUUUCGUCGCUUGUUCGUCUCGACAUGGCGAACUGCGGCCUCACCGGAGAGAUUCCGGCCGAUCUAGGGAACCUCCAGAACCUCGAUACGCUUUUCCUCCAGGUGAAUGGUUUAUCCGGCAAUCUUCCUCCAAUGCUUGGUGGCCUUCGUAGUCUCAAGUCCAUGGAUAUCUCCAACAAUGCCCUCACCGGCGAGAUCCCCUCCUCCUUGGCGAACCUCCAGAAUCUGACCCUGCUCAAUCUGUUCCGCAACCAACUCCAGGGGGAGAUGCCGGAGUUCCUCGGCCACCUUCCUGCGCUGGAGGUGCUCCAGCUCUGGGAGAACAACUUAACCGGCGAUAUUCCACUGCAACUAGGACGGAGCGGUCCUCUGCGUAUACUCGACGUCUCAUCCAAUAAACUGACCGGGAUGCUUCCGCCGGACCUCUGCUCCGCGAAUCGACUGCAAACACUAAUCGGUCUCGGUAACUACCUCGUCGGUCCAAUUCCAAAUACACUCAGCACGUGCGAGUCUCUUGUCAGGAUCAGAAUGGGCGACAACUACCUCAACGGAUCGAUCCCCGAUGGCCUCUUCAGCCUGCCCAAGCUUUCACAGAUCGAGCUCCAAGACAACAUGCUCAACGGUGGAUUUCCAGACACCGGCGCCACCGCAAUCUCGCCGGAUCUCAGUCAAAUUAAUCUCUCCAACAACCGGCUCUCGGGACCACUCCCCCCGUCCAUCAGCAAUUACUCCGGUCUCCAGAAGCUCCUCUUGAGCCAGAACCAGUUAUCUGGCCGCAUUCCGCCGGAGAUGGAGCGGCUGCAGGAACUAUCCAAGGUGGACUUCAGCUGGAACCGGUUCUCCGGCCCAAUUGCGCAGAAAAUAAGCCGCUGUAAACUCUUGACUUUCGUCGACCUCAGUCGUAACGAGCUCUCCGGCGAGAUUCCACCAGAGAUUUCCGGGUUGAGGAUCUUGAACUACCUCAACUUAUCGAGGAACCAGCUCAGAGGAGAGAUUCCGCAGUCGAUUGGCACGAUGCAGAGCCUCACGGUCGUCGAUUUCUCUUACAAUAACCUCUCCGGCUUCGUCCCUGAUGCGGGGCAGUUUAUUUAUUUCAAUGCGAGUUCAUUUGAGGGCAAUCCGAAUCUCUGCGGUCGUUACCUCCGGCGCCCUUGCAAUUAUGCGACCGACGGCGCCGGUUCUACCCACUCAAGGGUGGCGCUCUCAGCCUUCUUCAAGCUUCUACUGCUCAUUGGUCUACUCGUCUGUUCCAUUAUCUUUGCCAUGGUUGCGCUCAUCAAAGCUUGGUCUUUAAAGAAAGCGAGAGAAGCCCGGGCGUGGCACCUCACCGCUUUCCAACGCCUAGACUUCACCUGCGACGACGUCCUCGACUGCCUCAAGGUUGAGAACAUCAUCGGCAAAGGCGGCUCCGGCACCGUCUUCAAGGGCGUCAUGUCCAAUGGCCAGGAGGUGGCAGUGAAGCGACUCUCCGCUAUGAGCCGCGGCCUUCCGCACGACCAUGGAUUCUCAGCGGAGAUUCAAACUCUCGGCCGGAUUCGGCAUCGCCACAUCGUGAGGCUGCUGGGCUUCUGCACCAACCGCGAGACCAAUCUCUUGGUGUACGAGUACAUGCCAAACGGGAGCCUCGGAGAAAUUCUUCACGGGACGAAGGGCGGCCACUUGCUGUGGGACACGCGGUGCAAGAUCGCCGUCGAUGCGGCGAAGGGACUCUGCUACCUCCACCACGACUGCUCGCCGCUCAUCCUGCACCGCGACGUCAAGUCCAAUAACAUCCUGCUCGAUUCCAACUUCCAAGCUCACGUCGCGGAUUUUGGUCUCGCUAAGUUCUUGAAGGACUCAGGCACCUCCGAGUGCAUGUCGGCCAUCGCCGGCUCCUAUGGUUACAUUGCUCCAGAGUAUGCAUACACGUUGAAGGUGGACGAGAAGAGCGAUGUGUACAGUUUUGGGGUGGUGCUCCUGGAGCUGGUGACCGGCCGGAAGCCCGUGGGAGGGUUCGGCGAUGGCGUCGACAUCGUCCAAUGGGCGCGGAAGAUGACGGGCUCCAACAAGGAGGGAGUCCUGAAGAUAUUGGAUCCGCGGCUCCCCGCAGUUCCCCUGGACGAACUCGUGCAUGUGUUCAACGCCGCCAUGCUCUGCGUGGAGGAGCAGUGCGCGGGACGACCAACAAUGAGGGAGGUGGUUCAAAUUCUAACGGACCUACCAAAUCCUGCAGCUGCAGCGCCUGUCGAUGAGGUAAAAGAACUGCAACGGCAAGAAUCCCAAGGCUUACUCGUGCCACCAGAUCUCCUCAGCAUUUGAAUGACUCGGUUUUGGCAAAUCUUUGUUCGGGAGACGAGCUGGUCAGGCUAAAAAAUGCCAGUUAGUUUGUUUGAUCGAUCUCAUUUUAGAUUUUUUCUUUUCGUCUGGUCAAAUGCUGGAUGUAGCGUUGGAUUAAAUUCGGGUCCAAAAUCUGAAUUCCUGUCGUCCCGUCCAUCAGUGAUGUGAUUU